CCAGAUGAGCCCUGUCGCACUGCAGCACUUGUUUAUAUAUCAGGAUCGAGUAACAUCGCAUCUGAUGUUAUGUUACAUUUUCGCUAUUCCUAUAAUUGCUCACCUUGAUAUCAGCAGCGUUAAUCUUCUAUAGCUCACUGUAAUGCCACUCACUAUCUAUGGACUAAAUGGUUGUUGGCUUCAUAACCAGAUUUUAAUUAAUAUAGCAGAUGAUCCAAUACAGAUCCCAUAUAUCUUCCAAUACAUGUAUUUGAGACUUGGGGCUUUUUUAGCUUCUUUUCAGCUGGCUUUAUUUACCUUUUGUUGCUUGUUCAGUAGAGAUGUGAUCAGUCGAAUAGACCUGCCUUUCUACAAUACAUGCCAGCUUGCUACUACCAGCUCUCUAACGAACUCAUCAUCACACGCCUACAGUUCUGGUUUGCAAAGUGUAUCUGCCACCCCCGAGAAAGUAUCAGUAAGUGUGGGCCUACAAUCUCAGAGAGGGUGUGUGGCAGACAGUCCGCGUUGCUAUGGCACCAGUACUUAUAGCAUGACUGCAAGUUUAUCCCGAUUACUAAAAGAGCGAGAUUUCGGUACGGCUACGCUAGAGCAACUAAUAGCUGGCAACGAGAUGGAUGAGAUCUCGCGCCAGUACCCGCAGUAUGCAGCCCAGUUUGCAGCUCAAUUUGCGGACCUGAUGCCGCUGCAGCGACCGCAGCAACCAGCGCAGCAACCAGCGCAGCAACCCGCCAGCGCCACAUCAACUGUGCUAUCAUGCAGUGGAGUCAAGCUGCCGUACUUGCCACCACCUAGUGGACCUGGGGGCAUGACGACCUGGACAGUGUCGUCACUAUCAUCUUCACAGGUCUCCGUCCGCCCCACUCCUGCAGCAGCCAUCACAGAUGCAACACUGACCGACAGGCUGGUGCCAGUCGGAAUGAAGGACAUUCGCACGGGCGACAACCUGGUUCCCAUCACAACCACCCCGUCGGAGUUUAGGACGAGUACCUCCUGCGUCACCGGACUCACGCCGUCCUUUCCCGCUGUCUCGAUGUCUCUGCCGUUGGACCCACUGAUGCGGAUCGCGCCGGCUCCACUUGUACCACCACCCGCUUCAUCCAUUUCGCCAGUCGGGUGCCUGAGCGUACUGCCUGGCGCGAGAAAGGGAGGGUACCUGCUUUGAGGUGCUACGCACAAGUCUGUGAUCCGGUGUUCACGAGGGCUAAAGCCUGUGUUUUCUCUCGCCGAAUAUUGAGAUAAUCUCGCACUUACUGGUAUUUGCAUGCAUCGUGUUAGCUAGUGAUCUGGAAGUAUGAGCCAUGCCAGUAUUCACAGGUUGUGUGAUAUCUUCAGCAGUACACAGUAUCAUUAAGACGUUAUUUACUGCUGAAAUCUUGAGGCAGGCAAGCCUCACACAGUAGCAGCUAUUUUAAACGAGAUUCUCCUACCUGUGAACAGAGUAUUCUAAUGCACAGAUAUAAACAAACACAUGGAACAUCUGGUAUAAUGGUGGUGGGACUGACACCUUAACCAAGAAGGUUUAAGGAGAAUGUUUGUGAUUAAGACUUGCACUGUUGCUCUCAAAUGUAACUGCUUUUAACCUACCAGCCAUUUACAGCAACGUGUUGAUAUGUUAUCACAUUCUUCUUCAUAUCUCAUGACUAUAGAUAACCAAAGUAUCUGAAGAGUGAAAUCUGCCGAGUUUGCUUAAAGUUAUACUUGGGAACAUUCAUCAAUUUUGUUUAAAGUACCUUUAGUAUUGGGAAACAGGAAUCCUGUUGACAUCUAGUAUAUUAGCAUUUGGUAUAACUCCAAAUUUCCAACGAUGUAUUAUGCAUAUGGCAUAAGGUUCACGACUAAAGGUUUUUCGUUAUCAUUGAAGUACCGAGUAUUGAAAGGUUCAGACUGUGAGGAAACUUUUAUCAUGUGAAAACAGCCGUGACUGUGGCACUGCGAAGUACUACUUGCAGUGAUUCUAUUAAUCAAACUCUUUUUGUGAUGAAUAACGAAGCGUAAUGAAUUUUUUUGACCAAGAAAACGAAAAUUGGUGAUACGCUGAAAAAGUUUUUUUUUCAAUGUUUUCCGGUGCCAUCUCAUGAUCUUAUAUGUGGUUUUUAAUAAUUAUUCGAAUUUAUUGUAAUGAUUUGUGACCAUACUCUAUUUUAAACUGUGAUUCUCUGAAAUAGAACACUUUGCCUGCUAAACUUCCUUGAUCCAAAAUUGUCCAAUAUGCAAUUUAAUCAAAAAUUGUUUACACAGGAGGCCUAGGCUAUCACUAUGGAGUGUGAUUCCCCAUUUCAAUUUGUACUGAACUUGAAUCGUGUUUUGGGUUUACCAAGGAAUUUUCAUUGUAAACUUUUUUCGCAAUGCAUUGCUUAAUGCAGAUUUACCCAAAUAAAAUGAAAAUGGUGCCUGCAAGCAUAGCUACUAGAAAUGUAUAAACUACACGUAAGUUAACCUAGGUGCUUAUUGGGUUAUCACGCCUUUAACUUAUUCAUUGUUUUAGUCAUUGAUAUUGGUAUCAAAUAUGCUAGUUCAUUCGUGUUAGAUAGAAGUGUAAUAUAUGCAAUGGUAAUUCACAACGUUCCGUUAGGUGCUCACAUUGCGCUUAUUUGUAAAACAAAUCAUCAGUGGUUUUUGGAAGAGGAAAAUGCAACAUAAGUAUCUCGUGUCUCACUUGGUGUUUACUGCGCCAGUUUUAACAGUAAAUGUACAUUUAUUUAUGAACAUCACACACGUGCAUGUCGCAUGUUUCUGAUACUGGUAUUGCUAUAUUCUGACACGCACAUUAUAUGAUAUAGAUAUUAUUUUCACUUGUGAUAACCUUGGAUGCUGUAGGCAGUUCCAUGGGCCAACCAUUUCGUAGACAAUCUGCAAAUGCGUUGGCUAACCGACGUGAGCCAUUUUAGGGCCCACAUGUAGAGUGUGCCAAAUGAUCUGGCCGAAAUGAUGUAUUAUUGACAGUACUUGUUGGAAUGGUUGUUAUUGAUCUGGUUGUGGAGACCGUAAAAUGAAAAGCUCAAUUAAGUUCUGUCCCAUUUCCGUUAAUCAGUUUGUCAGUUACAUGCGUUUUUGCCUGCAGUGAGUACGGCAAAUUACCCACAAACAUGCAUAGGGGAGUGUGAAACGUAAAUAACAUGCUCACCGCUCCCAUCUAGAUUUGUCCAAUCUGUAUCCAGCAAAAGAAGUGCUAGCUAUCGUAUAAUAUGUGUUUUGGCUUCAACAUCUAGAGGCUGCAUAUAACCAAAUGAGGUAUGCGCUCUGUAUUUACAUACACAUUUACGAGUGAAGAUCUGUCAAUUAUAGAACUGAGUGUAGAUGUGUGUAGACAAUUAUGCAUGAGUCAGGGUUCUCUCCAGGAAUUUAUGGGCGAAUGGGGUGGUCCCGGGAGGGGUUGUACAAAUUAAACUUUGUAUGUCAUAAGCUGCCCCAAUAUACAGGUAAACUAUCAGUUCGGAAACGUAUGCAUCAAGCUGUGAAAACACAUCAUGACUGUGUUGAGAUUGUCAAAAGAGGCAAGUUGGGCUUUUGUAGCCAAGGCAUGUUGGAGGAUUAAUGGGAUGUCGCAAACUAGCUUAGGUUUCAAAGGCAUAUCGGAUCCAACAUACGUUUACGGCCUGUAGAGAACCCUAUGUAUGCACACCUUUUUCACCUGUUGAUUGACAUGCUGCAUCCACCAUUGUCCAGGACUUGAAUUUACAUGUUAUACUGAAAUUGGUAAUUCUGUUGUUUUGUAGUAUUAUCUCGUGUAGAUCUAACUGCUAUUCCUACAAAUAUUGGGAGUGCAGUUCAUGAGCCCACCGCUGAUGAUGGCAGAAAAUUAUCUACUCACUCUUCCCAUGAAGUUUGAGAACAUUGUGGAGGGGUAUUCUAUAUUCUAAGUACAUGCCUGUGUUUCGCUCAUUCCUUACAGAUACAUUGUAUCUUUGACUUUUCACAAAAAUGUUGCCAAAACUCUCACUAACAACCUGAAACUUGGACAAAUAGCAUUUCAUGCAUGUAGCAAAAAUAGUCAGGUU